AUUUAAGCAAAUUCUCUUUCACUCCCCUGAAUAAAAUGUCUGUCUUGCUUCUUGUAGGGACGAGUCUCUCUCCCACACUCCAAAAUCAUUCUCAUUGAGAUGAACACAUUCUUCAGACCAUUGGUUACCGCAAUUUCAAAUGGGAAUUUAAAUUUUCUUUUUUGAGAUUCCAUUGAAAAUUAUGAACAAUGCUAGUUCCUUUCUCGCGAUUCCUCAAAUCCACAGUAAACCCUGGUCCAUGCUUCUUCAGAAAAUGCUUUAACUCAUGGGCUUCAGAAAUCAAGAAUGCCUCCUCCCCGUACAAAGCUUUGGACCUCUACUUCCAAAUGCACCGUCGUUCCAUCCCUUUUGAUAGCUUCUCUGUUCUUUUCACGCUCAAAUCAUGUACCCGUUUGCAUAGUCUUAUCAUUAUUCGUCAUAUGCAUUCUCAUAUAAUCAAAUUGGGAUUCAUCACUCACGUCUAUGUUGCCACUUCUCUUCUUAAUGCUUAUGUUGUCACAUCCUUUAGUAAUGCGUGUCUAUUGUUCGAUGAAAUGCCUGAGAGAAACACUAUUACGUGGAAUACAAUGAUUACAGGGUAUUCAAGGUCAGGGAAUAUCAAUAAAGCACGCGCCAUUUUUGAGGAAAUGGCAUUGAGGGAUGUGGCUUCUUUGUCUGCCAUUAUCAAGGCCUACUUUGACCAUGGCUAUUGGGGUAAAGGGUUAUCGUUAUUUCGAGAAAUGAUAUCGAGUGGGGAAAUAAAACCAGACCUAGUGACCUUGGGAACUGUUUUAUCAAGUUGCGUAAACUUGGGUGCUCUUGCACUGCUAGUUGGGAAAUCAGUUCAUGGCUUUACAGUGAAGAAUGGGUGGGAGCUGAAUGUGCAAAUUGGCACAAUUCUGGUUGACUUGUAUGCAAAGUGUGGAUACAUGAAGAAUGCUUUCCGGGUUUUUGAUUUGAUGCAAGAAAGGAAUGUCAUGAGUUGGACUGCAUUGAUAUGUGGGGCAGCACAACAUGGCUUUAGUCAAGAAGCGUUGAUCUUGUUUAAGAUGAUGCAAAAGACAAACGUUAGACCUAAUGAACUGACUUUCACAGGUAUUCUCAAUGCAUGUACUCAUUCCGGGAUGGUUGAAGAAGGCCGAAAGUAUUUCAAGAUGAUUGAAGAGUAUGGUUUGGAGCACAGAAUUCAGCAUUAUGGAUGCAUGGUUGAUCUGCUUGGUAAGGCAGGGUUGUUAGAGGAAGCUUAUGAGGUUAUUAAGACAAUGAAAUUUGAGACUAAUGUUGUUAUCUGGGGCUCCUUUUUGUCAGCGUGCAAGGAGCACAAGCAGUUUGACAUGGCUGAAAGCGUGAUUGAACAGAUCUUGAGUGCAAUAGAUCCAGAGAAUGAUGGGGGCAUUUAUGCUCUUAUUUGUGAUUUGUAUGCUUUAAACGAGAAAUGGGAUGAUGCAGAGAGGGUGAGGAAAUUAAUGCUUGAUCAAAAUGUGAGAAAAGCCAGAGGAUCUAGUUUUAUCAGAAGUUGAUUAUAGGGCGUACAUUCAUCUGUUCUCAGGCAACUUUCCAGGACUGAAGAACUAGUUCAUCAAUGAUUAUUCAGCUUCCAAUAGUUUUGACUUUUGAAUGUUGAUCUUUCUAUGAGUGGUUAUGGCAUAUCAAUCCGUGUUUACCGCUUCGAUCAGUACAGCAAGAAGACAGCAAAAAAGAAGAAUUUUAGAUUGCUUAUGCCCUGUAUCAACGUUUAAAAUGAACAUUUGUCCUAUUUGCUAACUACAUUUUCGGGAAAGAAAAAAGGAUUUGGAGCACUUUGGGGUUUCAUUUCCUGGACCAUUCAUUUUGUUUAAUAAUUCAUUAUAUAUUACAUUUGAUA